UGUAAUUCUUGAGCUGGCGUGAUAUGAGGUAGGAGACAGCACACUGUACACCAGAGAAUCCUGGUGCAAAGGCCUUUGUGGCCAAUAAUGAGGCUGCUAAUCAGUGAAGAGAGGAUUACAAGCAAGUGUAAGGUUUUCAGGUGAGACUUGAAGAGUGGAGAGGGACAAAGGAGCUGAUCCACAUGGCAGGAGCUGCAGAGAAAGGUCUCUCAGUGAGGAGGUGAGGGGCAGAGAAGAGGUCUGUGAUAGACAGGUUGGGGAAGGAGAUGAGGGUUUUAAAAAUUACUUUGCACUGUCCCCUGAUAUGAGAGGGGUGGGGGAAGGACUUGAUGGGGGAGGGAUGCUUCCACAUAUACCUGAGAAGGUAGCAGUAGAAGCAUCCUUGGGCUGCCAUAGAGAAGGGAGUUGCCAUAGUGAAGGCAAGAGGAUAGCAGCAGAGGUGGGGCUGAGGCCAGGCUAAUGGGGGUUGUGUUAAGGAUGAGAAGUCUGUAGACCCAGGAGGAGUAUGAAGAAAGAGUUCAGGGUCAGGACUGGCGCAAGGCUUGGGGUUGGCAAAGGCAAACAGAAAGGAAUCCGAGAGAGCUGUCAAGAUUCAGCCAAAGGGAUCUGGCUGAGGUCACAAACUGACUUGGUCACCACAGGCAGAGGGGGCCAGGGAGGAGUCGCUGCAGUCCUGCUGAUGCUAGCAGCAUGUGUGAACGUGGUGGUGAACGUUACAGGGGAAGAGAAGCUGCUUGUUCCUUCCCACCUUCUCUUGUCACUGUACUGAGGUCAUCCAGUCCCUUAUGGAAACAACUUCCCAACACAAAGGAGAAAGCAGCCGCAAAGAGGAGUGCCUCUCGGACCUGUGAGCAAAAGAAGGAAGCGGUCCCAUUAUCUGGGCUGGAGAAAGUGGGCAGGUGGAGAAGAGUGAAUAGGCUGGAGAGGGAGUGAGGGAGAAGUCGGACUGUAGCCUGGAGGGCAGUGCAGGAAUGUCCUGGAUGAGAUUUCCAGAUGUGUGGGGAGGAUAUGUCCAUAAGCCUGGACCGUGCUUGCUGUGUCCUAGGCAAGGACUCCCAGCAGCCCUCAUCUGUGAGGGAGCAAAUGGCCAGGAAAAUGACCAUCUUCUGUGACCACUGCAGCAGGCCGCUGAGGAAGAUGAGCCACCCCCGAGGGAGGAGUGGGAUGGAGCCCAGCGCUUCAAAGCCAUUCAGGUCAACAAAGGGUGCCUCUAAGGCUCGUCGGGAUCAGAUCAAUGCUGAGCUACAGACCCUGCGCUCCCUGCUGCCCAUCUCAGCACAGGAGAAGGAGCGGCUCUCGUACCUCCACACCAUGGCUUUGGUCUGUCUCCAAAUCCGUGGGGCACAGCUCUUUCCUCCAGGCUCAUCUGAACGUGCUCCUGCCAUGACGCCAGAUCUGGAGCUGCUGUCCACAUUGCCGGGGUUCAUCAUUGCUCUCUCUGCAGAUGGCAAACUGGCCUACAUCUCUGAGAACGUAGCCCAUCUCCUGGGCUUCUCUGUGGUGGAGUUGCUAGCCCAAGGAGACUCAAUCUUCGACCUACUAGUUGGCUCAGCACAUGAGGCCGUGCAGGAGAAGCUCCACUCGGCUCAGGAGCAGCCAGGCACUGAAAUUGUGUUUGUCAGUGAAAUGCGCACAUCCAGGUCCUUUCGAGUGAGAUAUGGAGGGAAUCGGGCUGUGGCAGUGAGGGGCCGAUUCCUCGCUCUGGAUGGGACGACCUCCUCCUCCAUCUUAACAUUCCUUGGCUUCUGCAGUCCCAUCAUGCAAUUGUCUGACUAUGGGGAUGGCAUUUCUUAUGAUGCCCCAUUCCAGAGCCAGCACACAUUGGAUAUGAAGGUCACUGAUGUCACAGAGAGUGUCAUUUAUCAUCUUGGCUAUGGGAGGGAGGAGCUGAUUGGUCAGUCUUGGUACAGCCUCCUACACCCUGCAGAUGUUGCAUCAGCAGCUGCCCAACACGAGAGCCUGGUGUGUGACACUGGGAGGUGCAAUCGGCACUUAGUGGUUCGCCUGCUCUGCAAAGACCUGAGCUGGGCAUGGAUGCAAAUCAUAGCAUCAAAGGAGUAUGAGAGAGGAAGAGAGACCAUCACCUGCACCAACUUCAGCCUCAGUGAGGAGGAAGCUCAGUAUCUCCGGGGCCAGAAUCCAUGGCAUAGAGUCAUCUCUGCAGCUGCCCUGAGUCCAAGGCACCAUGCCAGAGAAAAAGAGCACAAGACACUGCCAAGAACACUAAACCCCUUUCCACAGGAGACAGCACUGCCUAACCAGGGGGUACCCAACUAUAGGCCCUGCCAGCUCCCUAAUGCCCAGCAGGAGAUGCUGCUAGCUUCCCUACAACCUUCAUUCACCACCUGCUUUCCUGCUCCCACUGUAGAAGCUGGGUUACCCUCCCAGGAGACUGGGUGCUCUAUCCUACCUGCUGGGCAGAGGAAUCAAUCCUGCCCCUUCAGUGUUUACAAGUCACCCUACAGCCAGCCCUUCUCCAGUCCUUGUGCGCUCUAUUCCCCAGAGGUUCCCCUUUCUCCUGGCAGCAGCCCUUCUAUUGAUGCUUGUCCAGUCCCUGUUGGAGGGCAGUCCCCAGGCAUGUCCCCUGCAGUGUUGCAGUCUCCCGAGACAGAGAGAUGGGCAAUCAGUGUAUUGGCUGAACAGAUCCACUCCCUGGCUGAAAGCCUAUCUCAGUACACAAAGCAAGUGCAACUAGAGCCUCCUAAUGUCCCACUGUGUUCUGAGCGACCCAUUGCUGACAGCCAGCUGGGGCCAGGACAGGGCUGGGGCAACUCUGGAACAGUGGCUUUCCUAUCAGAACCCUGUUUAGAUGAAGAUAUCAUUACCAGUAUAUUAAGCAAUCUGCUGGAAAAUGGGGGUCCAACCUCACCUACCACUGCAUUGGGGUCAUCACCCACUAUUUUGUCUUCAGACUCUGACUCGCAGUGGGGCCCUCCAUUCCGGAUACCCAUGUCUCCAACAGUCACCUGUCCAGAUCAGUACCUCUCUAUACAGCCUUUGACUACCUCUGCAUCAUUUGACUCCUGUGCACCCGUGUCCCUAUGGGAUGGGGAUCUCAAGGAGACUCUAUGGUGCACUGCAGCAGAGUAA